AUGACUCCCUUAUCUUCCUACUUUAUCCAGGACGACAUCCUCAUGGGGACCCUGACCGUGCGAGAAAGCCUUUACUUCGCAGCCGUCCUCCGACGGAAAGCAUCCUGCACCAAGGCCGAAACCAAAUCCAAGGUCGAUGAUGUUUUGGAGGAACUCGGUCUUAUGCAUGUGGCUGAUACAAAGAUUGGCACGGAGUUGGUCCGAGGAGUUUCUGGCGGUGAACGCAAACGAACCAGCAUAGGCAUGGAAAUCAUUGCCGACCCUUCCGUCCUCUUCCUCGACGAACCCACAACGGGCCUGGACGCCUUUACUGCUGGCAGUGUUAUACAGACUCUAAAGACGUGA